GAACAUGUCAUCUCUUUCCUCUGAACUUCCUUCUCAAGCUUGAUUCCGAGUUGUUCAGGCCGGGCACAUUAAGGAAUUCCAUCGUGCAGACAUGUCUGACGUGGAAGGAGAUGUUGUUCCCGUGGCCCCGGCCCCCGUGAUGGGUGGUGAGGUGAUGGACAUCCACACAGCAGUCCAGGAAGUGCUCAAGAACGCCAUGGUGGUGGACGGCCUGGUGCGCGGCCUGCGCGAGGCGGUGAAGGCGCUCGACAAGCGUCAGGCUCACCUCUGCAUCCUGGCGGCCAACUGUGACGAGCCCAGCUACGUCAAGCUGGUUGAAGCCCUUUGUGUGGAGCACAAUAUCCCCAUGUUCAAGGUGGACAACAACAAGAAGCUGGGCGAGUGGUCCGGCCUGUGCAAAAUCGACCGCGAGGGCAAGGCGCGCAAGGUAGUGGGCUGCUCGUGCGUCGUGAUCCGCGACUGGGGCAAUGAGACCCAGGCGCACGACGUGCUCAACGACUACCUGAAGAAGAAGGGCCGCAACUGAGCGCCGCACUUCCAAUCUCCGGUAGAGGCGGACCAACCGCCCGGAGACACCCACCCACACGGGGCCGGGAAAAUAAACAAAAAAAAGC